CAAACACUUUUGUUUCUACUCACUCUUCGGUAUAGGCGAUAAUGGAAUAGUGUUCACACAAACUGAAUUCAUGAUGCCUCUUCCAACAGAUGCAGGAUCGGAUGCACUUAAUGAAAAUAAUAAGAAGUCUGCUGAGGCUACCAUUAAAAUUCCUUUCGAGUCGGCAAAACGUGCGGAGAUAAUUUACCGUGUGCUAAGUGUUGAUAAAGAGCCGCGUCGUAAUUUUGUUCAGAAAGAAUUGAGGCUAUUGGGAGAUCAAAUAGAAGUUCACUUUAUAGCCGACCAAGUAAAGAGCCUGCGUACAGCUAUUACAUCCUUUUUUGGAUCUCUCUUGCUUUGUACUGAUACAAUCAAAGAAUUUUCGCCGAGUACUGAAGCAGCUAACAAUAAUGCCGGAACACACACCUGCGCCAACACCACAUAG